AUGGUCAGACCUGAUCACUUAUCGGUAUAUUUCAAGCCACAAUUGAUGCCCUCCGUAUCGAUACAUGUGCUAUCGAUAGCUCUCUGUCUGUCGUCAGGGUUCCAACAAGGCUAUGUGGCAUCGGUGCUGAAUCAACCGUAUCUCCAAAUUGAGAAGUUCAUCAAUGAGUCAUGGGUUGAAAGGACAGGCUUACCUUUACAACGCGACGUCCUAAAUGUGCUCUGGUCUCUGCUUAAUGUGUGCUUUCCUAUAGCCACAAUCAUCGGACAGUUUCUAGCAGCAUUUCUUUGCAAGAAGCUUGGCAGGAGAGGUACUGCACUAAUGGCGAGCGUCCUUUACAUACCUGGAAUAAUUUCAUGUGCUGCGUCAAAGUACCUGCAUCCAUACUUUGAAUUACUGUAUAUUGGGCGAAUUUUAUGGUCCCUUGCUAAUGGAUCGCUGGUUGUCCAAGCACUGGGAGUUCCUUUCUCGAAUGACGACUUAUGGCCGUACAUCUUCUUGCCUAAUAUCAUCUUCGUACUUUUGACAAUGAUUCUGUUUGUCUUCGUACAGGAAUCACCUCAAUUUAUAAUGGAAAAAGAUGGGAAUAAAGAAAAGGCUCGAAAAGCACUUGCUGAGUACCACGGUGUGAGUGUGAACAACCCGGCCGUAGAAGCAGAACUUAAUAUCUGUGAGGAAAGCAUAGCGAAAAAGAACGAAAAAAUAAAAUCGAAGACGGAUCACCACUCGGUCACGGUGAUUUUCAUGCCUUGGAAAGCUAACGAUGCAUGCUCUCGAGUUUAUCGCCAAGCUGCUUGGCUCGGUGUGAUGGUUAAGAUUGCGUAUGUUUUCACUGGGGCCAGAUGCCUGAGAGCGUUCAGCACCUUUCUCCUCUAUGAUAUGGGAGGUUGGAGUUAUCAGUACGCUCUGUACGGCACGUUCAUCACCAGUUUACUACGAAUCCCCUUCACAUUGGUGCCGGUAUUUCUCGUGGAUCGUUUGGGACGUAGACCGUUAAUGAUUUCCACCACAGCUAUUUCUUUUAUUUCUUUGACUACGAUGCUUAUAGGAAUUGAAAUUGGACCAAGCUGGAAGGUUUGUUUAUAG